CGGGAACCGGCGCCUCACCCGCCGGAGCUAGAGGAGGGCCUGCUGGGACAUGUAGUCCAGCUCUCUCGCCAAGUGGCUUGGCGGAAACGCCGCCAAAGAGAAAGACGACUCGGUUUCCCAGCGCCCUCAGCGCGGCUGAUCCUGACAGGCGCGUUUUCGCGCCGCGAAGGCGGAGGGCCGGUCAAGAUGGCGGCUGCCGCGCUGCUGCUGGUCUUCCCGUCUCCUUUGCCUCGGAUCCAAGGCUUCCUCCGAAGCUGCUGGUCCCAGCUGGGCUGCCGCAGCCCGCCCGGGGGUAGGUCCUGGCUCCGUCUCCUCGAGGUGUCGCGGGGCCUCCUCCGGGGCGGCUCUCCGGGGGCUUUGCCUCCCAAACUUGGCUUUCCAGCUCCCGUCAGCUGGAAACCCAGGUGCCCUUUUAGGACAAGCGCCGCUGGAGACGCCGCUUUACUUGGGGCGGGAAGGAUUUGCACUGUUCUGUUCUUGCUUUCAUUUUUAUGCUGGUGGGAACUGCCCCGAAUGUUUGUUUGUUUGUUUUUUGCAGAGGGGGCUGGAUUCUGAAAACUAUUUAUUUAUAAGAUUUGUUACCCACCCAUCACCCGUGUUAUUUACUGUAUUGGCCAGAAUAUAAGCCGCACCUUUAAAAUUGGAGGGGGGAAAGGAAAAAUACUCGCAUAUAAGCUGCUCCAUUCCUUGCUGCUGCUGGCUGCAUGCUGGCCGGGGAGUGGGGAGCUGCGCUGCGUUGCUGGCGGCCUUUCCCCUUCCUCGCUCUCUCCACGUGCCAGGUGGGCACCGCUUUGCCCGCUCCUGGCUGCAUACCGGAAGGUCGCGAAGAUAAGCCACACGUUAACUUUUCAUAGUCGGAAUUUGGGGGGUAAAGAGGCUUAUAUUCAGGCCAAUAUGGUAUUCUACUUACAUAUUUUGUAAAAAUUAUGUGCCGUUUGAAUAUAUAUAUAUAUAUAUAUAUAUAUACCACAAAGUGUGUAUAUAUAUAUAUAUAUAUAUAUAUACACACACACACACACACACACCAAAAAGUGGUUUACAAAAAGAUAAAACAGCAAAAUCGAGGAAAAAUUCACAAACCUACUUUGAAGCAUGAUGGUUAUGGAAACAGAAUAUGCAAUUACUAACAUAACUUGAACCACUACAGUUGUUACUGUCAGUUAUCUAUUGUUACUAGUUAGAUUUGUUAUUCGCUUUAUCUUGCUCAUGGCAGACCAGAGCAACUGGAGAGAGGCGGUCCUGGAAUUAUUGCAGUACAGUUGUACCUUGUUUUGCGGCUGGGAUCCGUUCCGGAGCCCUGGCCGCUAGCCAAAGCGCCAAAGGGCAAAGCGCCGCAUCUGCGUGUGCAGAACAAUUUGUGCUUCUGCGCAUGUGUGAAGUGCGAUUUAGCACUUCUGCGCAUGCUCGAGCGACAAACCUGGAAGUAAGAGUCUCAUUGAGCAAAACCACUUCAUGAAAUAUUGUAUCUAAUUAAUAAAGGUAAGCAAAUUACCACAACUAAAUUAUUUGUAACUAAGUUAUUUGUAUUUGUCUUUAAGCUCCUGCUUUAGCAAUUCAGGGUCCAGCUUUUUUGCCUGAACCUAUAGAAGAGAAUGCUGAAAGUAAGGAGACUCCAAGCUUUCUCGACAGCAUAUUUUGGAUGGCAGCCCCAAAAUCAAGGCGGACCAUUGAAGUAAAUCGCUGCAGGCGAAGGAAUCCUAGGAACCUUAUAAAAAUAAAGGUAACUCAUCACAUUUCUGUUGUCUUUCUUUAUUUUUGUAGAUUUUCUAUUCUUCAAUGCUCUCAAGAUGCUUGUAAUUUCUUAUUUAUUCACAUUGGUAUUGCAAAUUUACCACAGGAAAUUUUUCAUUUAAAAUCUGUCUGCAGCUCCUGUGCUGAAUCUUUAAAAUGUGAUGGUAUUGCAUUUUGAAAACUUAAACCUUUAUGUAUACUACUUGACAUGAGGAAUUUCUCAGGUUGCUGGAAAACAAUGUAGUAUAUCACAAUGGUAAUGAGAUAGUCAUUGCCCUACAUGGCUCUUAGCAUUUGUGAAAUCUCUCUUUUUAAAUUGUUCAUUGCCCAACGUUUUGUUUUCUUUCUUGUCUUUAGCGAAACAUUGACGUCUGUCCUCAGUGUGGUAACCUGAAACUGAAGCAUAUUCUUUGUGGCUAUUGUUAUGCAAAGGUUAAACGGGAGACAGUUGCCAUAAGGAAAGAAAUAUGGGCACAGGAGGGAGGACCACAUAAGGCUCCACCGGUAGAGACUGUUGUACUGUAUGAGGGAGAGAAAGCUAGAGAUGAAGAUGAAGGCAAGCGGAUCAUAGAACGAACAAGGAAGCGCCCAUCUUGGUUCACACAGGACUGAUUAUGUAGCACAGUGGAAUCUUUGGUCGCAAAAUCCUUGAUCUCGCAGAGUAAAAAUAGCUGAAAAAAUUGCUACUGAUGACACUUAUCCCUAGAAAGGGUAAAUUUAAAUUGUAUUUUUUAAUUUGCCAUUGUAGUACAGCAUCACUGCUGUACUUUAAAUGUUAGCUGGAUGGCUAAUUUAGCUAAUGUAAACUUAGCUGAUCUUGUCAUUGUAUUAAAGUUGGUUAAGCAAAGUCAAUCAUUUGCAGGAGCAGAUUCUUACGGCAUCUAUUUGGUCAUAUUACACUGUACUGUGCAUUGGGGGGAAACCAUGGAUUUAAACUGUAUUUGUAAAUGAAAUAAAGCAUAUUCAGCAUUAUAAUAAAUACUGUGCG